CUCAAAUGGUGGAUGAUGUGAAAAAAGAUUUAGAUGAACAGUGCCACACAUGGAGCACUAAAGGUUGCACCAUCAUGACUGAUGGUUGGACGGAUAGGAGAAAUAGAACUCUCCUUAAUUUUCUUGUUUCUUCUGCAGGGGGCACCGUUUUCAUCAAGUCCAUUGAUGCCUCCGCCCAUUGCAAGAAUGCCACCUACCUAUGUGAGCAGAUAGAGGAGGUGAUUGAAGAUGUGGGUGAGGAGAACGUGGUACAGGUGGUGACCGACAAUGCAGCAAAUUAUGUUGUUGCGGGUAAACUUUUGAUUACAAACUAAUUUUGUUUGCAAAUUAAUUACUAUCUUGUAGUUUGUACCUCCAUUAAUUACAAUUUACAAUGCAACAAAUUAUGUUGCUGUAGGUAGACUAUUGAUGGAGAGGCACCCAUCUAUAGUUUGGACUCCAUGUGCUGCUCAUUGCAUUGACCUCAUGUUGGAGGAUAUUGGAAAAAUCCCAUGGGUCAAGAGAUGUGUAGAAAGGGCAAGAAAUGUCUGCAAAUUUGUAUAUAAUCAUUCAUGGGUGUUGGCUCUUAUGAGACAAUACACAGAGCAGAAGGAGUUGCAUCGUCCAAGAAUCACAAGAUUUGCCACAAACUUCCUCACAUUGCAGUCCAUGCUUAGGUCUAAGUCUGCCUUGAGA